AUGCCACAGUACAAGCUGACAUAUUUCAAUCUGCGAGGACGAGCAGAAAUCAGCCGUUACCUGUUUGCCUAUUCGGGCAAGAAGUAUGAAGACCAUCGGAUAGAAGCAGCAGACUGGCCCAAAAUCAAACCAACUAUCCCGUUCGGCAAAAUCCCCAUUCUGGAAGUAGAUGGAGUUAUCAUUCACCAGAGCCUGGCAAUAGCAAGAUACCUUGCCAGAGAAUCAGGUCUGGCAGGUCAGACGCCUGUGGAACAGGCACUAGCUGAUGCCAUUGUGGACACCAUAGAUGAUUUCAUGACGCUGUUCCCUUGGGCAGAGAAAAACCAGAACGUGAGAAAACAAGCAUUUGAUGAUAUCCUCACCAACAAAGCACCUGAGUUACUGAAAGAUUUGGAUACUUUCUUAGGGGAUAACAACUGGCUGGUAGGCAAGUCUGUAACAUGGGCUGACUUCUACUGGGAUGUGUGCAGCACGACACUUCUGUCCUGUAAACCUGACCUGGCAGACAACUACCCCAGGCUUUUGGCUCUGAGAGAGAGAGUGCAAGCACUUCCAGCUAUUGCAGCCUGGAUCCAGAAAAGACCGAAGACUAUAAUGUAG